AUGGGGCAGUCAUCAUCGAAACAAGCCACCAGCGAGCAAUACCUUGCUAAACCGAGUGGUAGCUGCUGUCUUAAAGGCACGAUCCAUGAGGGCGAGUCAAGAGGGACUUGGGAAACCAUCGCAGACGUCGAAACAUACAUCUCAAAACCAGCACCAGAAAAAGCAAAUGGAAACAUACUACUGUACUUUCCAGAUGUAUGGGGCAUGUUCCCCAAUGGGCUGUUAGUCAUGGAUGCUUUCGCAGAUGCAGGUUAUCUAGUCUUGGGGCUCGACUACUUUCGUGGGGACCCUGUUUGGAAUCAUCGCAAAGACCGGCAUACCCAGAAUCCUGACUUUGACUACGAAGCCUGGAAGCGCAAGCACACUGCCUUUGCGGAUGUCGCUGUUCCCAAAUGGGUGGCUGCCGUGAAGAAGAGCUAUGGAACAAACACAACAAAGUUUGCUUGUGUCGGCUACUGCUUCGGAGCGCCUUACGUGUGCAAUGAGCUGAAAGGUGAUACGGUAACAGUUGGCGCUUUUGCUCACCCAGCGUUCCUCAAGGAACAUCAUUUUACAGAUCUCAAGAAGCCUUUAUUUCUCUCAUGCUCGGAAGUUGAUCACACGUUUGAUGUGCCGUCCCGGCGUCGCGCGCUGGAUAUUCUACAAACCAACAAGAAAGUCUUUCACUAUCAAGUAUUUUCUGGUGUUGAGCACGGAUUUGCUUUGAGAGGUGAUCCCAAAGAUCCUUACCAGCGAUGGGUAAAGGAACAGAGCCUGGCAGGUAUCGUAGCAUGGUUCAAUUAUUGGUUGUCGCAAUAG